AUGCACGGCAGUAGCGAACCUCCUCUCCUGCGCAGGUUUUCGUCAUACGUCACCCAAGACGACAUCUUUGAUGGCAACGAGAAAGUUGUGGAAUGCCUCCAGUUUUCCUACAGACUCCGUACUGCAGUUCCGCGCAGCUGGGGGCCCGAAAAGAGGCGAGCCCAAGAGCGCGAAGCCGUACAGCGAACCCUCAACCUGUUGGGUCUGGAUGAGGUGCAAACAAACAACGUAGGCAGCACCACACAUCGCGGGAUAUCUGGAGGCCAGAAACGGCGGCUGACGCUUGGCAUUGGCCUGAUGAGCGACGCAAAGAUCUUGCUGUGCGACGAGCCAACCACUGGUCUGUCCACUGCAGAUGCGCAGCUGGUCGUGGAUGCCCUCCGUCGGCUUUGUGUAGAAUGCGGCAUGGCGGUGGUGGCGGUGAUUCACCAGCCGUCUCACGCGAUAAUGCGCUGCUUCGACCAUUUGUUGCUGCUGAGCCAUGAAGGCCGUUGUGUCUACAACGGCUGUGUGGAUGCGGCGCUGCAGUACUUCAGCGCAUUGGGGUUCCCUUGUCCCACCCACCAAAACCCUGCAGACUUAUACUUAGACCUCGUCUCACAGGGUAGCAAGCAUGCUGGCGAACUCGCAGACCUGUACGACGCCCUCAUGAAGCCAAUGGUGCAGUCCAAAGUGCGCCGUUCCUACGAAUGCCCGCCGUCGACACCGGAGGACAUGGUGGGCGAAUUGGAAUUGGCGGGGCCCUAUGUGCAGUUCAGAGAGGUUGGAAGACGCGCACUCCGGUUGUGGUUAAGGAGUCAUUCUACUCUGGCUGCGAUCAUGGGCGACUCGAUUGUUCAAGGGCUGGUGAUUGGGGCUAUAUUCUUUGGUGUCCGCAGCCGUGCGUCCGUAUAUUACCAGCUGUCCGCCCUUUUUUUGAUGCUGCUGAGCCAUCUGGCCUCGUCUCUGUGGACAGUGCCGCUGUACGUCCAACAGAAGGCACAGUAUCGCGUUGAAGUUGAGGAUGGUUACUAUUCCCCCGUGCCGUAUAUGUUUGCUACAUCCUUGGUAGCUAAUGCUUUUGUGUUGUUGGGCGACGCGGUGCUCGUCACGAUUAUGUGGCUCUUAUUUGGGUUUCCAUUUCUGCCUCUGUUGGUGUGUUAUCUCGUUGGGUCGCUAGGAUUCGUCAUUUGUGACUCGUUGACUGCCAUCUGUUCCUUGGCGAGCACAUCCUUUGCAGAGGCAAAUGCCUGUGCGACUCUCUUGUUCAUGUUGCUGAUGUUUGUCAAUGGCUUCACAACCAAUCCAGCGUCGCUGCCUCAUGGGAUAGCAUGGAUGUCUUAUUUAAGCCCUUUUUUCUUGGUUUUUGAGGGCUUGGCCAUCUGCAUCCUGGAGACCUAUGAGUUUCGAGAAGACUCUGCUGAGGCCAGUAGUAGUCUCCUGCUGCAGACGAAGGAAGAUGUGUACCAAACGUUUGGCAUCGCAGGUCGUGCCUACGGCCACAAAGGCAGCGCUCUUGAGUGGCUCUGGGCGGUUGAUGCUGUACUGCUUCUGGUCCUCAUGGUUCUCUCAAAGGCUCUUGUUUUCACCUUGCAAGCCACUAUGUUCUUGCCCAGGCGUCACAGGGACAACCCUGCACCCAGAUGUAGAUUUUCCUUUCUUUCCUCUAAGUCGUGGCUGGCUAAGUUUCGAAGACCGUAA